GGAAACUUCAACCAGCUGCGGAGCCAGCCUUCGACAUCUCAUCAAAAGCCACAAUUCGAAUCACUGGAGAUCGAAGCUACCUCCGCACAACUGGAACUCACCAAUUGGCUCCAUCACACACUUUCUCCGCUUGAAGGCCGUCCGCAACGCCUCGAAUGUCUCCCAAAACUUCUUAAUUCAUGCUUCCCCGACCUGCGGCUUGCUGUCCAGCAGUGAAGCGACACCUCUUUCAGCCGUCCGACUCUAUCUGGGUAUCCGACGAGGUGCUUCGCCAUGCUUUUCAGAGAUUUGUUAAUUCACGCUCCGGGAAGCGUUAUGGGAGCUUCGUUCCUGGUCCUCUAGAGAGCCGCCGCAGGCUUGGGAAAAGACGAAUGGCACACCUCACCGAAUCCGCUCCGGCACCAGCACACAACACGGGGCCCCUAUGGGGCUUCUUUGGAGACGUAGGCAAUGCCCAAUGGCAGUGGGAGGCGCCUACAACCCGAAAAUCAACAGGGGCCUCUACUGCAGCACUACCCGCCUGGCUCUUGGAAUGGAACACUUCCCCAGAGGUAGUCCCCGAGUCGGCUGUCGUUGAAGGCUCAAUGAAUAAGCCUACAAAAGAGGCAGUUGCAAUUGAGGAAGAUAUUGUCAAAUUUCGAACAACGCUUCUGGCUGCUAGUUCAGAUCAAUUGCACGACAUAUGUGAAGAGUUCAACCAGUUGUACAAGCAAAGUCUAAGAUUAGGCCUCGUCUCCGGAAUUACAAUGCACAGAGCUCUCAAUACCAUAUCGCGGGACAUACGCCUCGCAUUCUCAGACUCGGGUCUCGGGGACACUCAGCGUCUUCUUUCGUUCUAUCAAGCCUUUUGGGAUGGAGUGUUAAGUUGUAAAGUGCUUCAGCCCGUCGACUUGGAUGCCAGAUUACUAAACAGAUUCUUAUCCUAUCUCGGGAACCUACCUAGCUGUACGGAGGUCCAAACUUUAUUCCACGACGUCAUGCAUGCAGCAUCUGUCACCCAGCUCGGCAAAAUGAAUAGGGGGGUCGAUCGUUUGGUGGAAGCAUGGGCUAGAAGCUGGCUACACGAGCAGCCUCCUGGUGAUCCCCGGCUGUCCUUUUUGGGGGCUAGCAGAGACUUAUCGGAGUCCUUGGAUAGACUUGAUCGUCUUCAAAGCCUAAUGCACAGCAGAGAGGAUGAUGAUCGACAGGAUCUUUCCACGAUUCAAAAAGCAGUUGAGGAAGCAAAGGUGAUCCUUGACAGCGCCCUGGAGCAUAUUGUCCAGGCUGAGAAAGCCCUUGUACCCCGAAACGGGUCUAUUGAGACCCUGGCAAAUAUCUUAGGUUACUUGCCACAAGAUCAUCUCUAUCGGGUACUUGCUUCCUGCACGCAAAACAUCGUCCGCAUUCACAACAGCAUGGAGAACCCUGUGACAGAUUUGUACUAUGGAUGGCUGUCUCUUGUGGCAAAAGUACCGAAAUUGCCUCACCAGAUGUUUGUCAACAUCGUAAAGAGGAUGGGGAAAUGCAAGGGAGUACGCGAACAACCUCUUCCAGGUGCCGUUGUCCUCAGUCGCUGGAUUAGUCAAGGAUACUUAGGGAAAGGAGGAGCAUUGAUCAGGAAUACUUUCGAGGUUUCUUCCUUGAACAGUGGACCCCUUGGCCUCGGAUUGGUACUUUCCGCUAUCGACAAACACAGAGAGAAGGUAUUCCGCCAAACAAAGGGUAUUUUCAAGUUGCUCCACAAUCUUGAAAGAUACAGAGAGGUUUUCGGAAUUCUUGCACAGAUACAGGAUCUAGGGUUGAAACUGCCAAGAGAUAUUAUCGGCCCAACAAUCGAGAUCAUGAGCAAAUAUGAUCUUCAACUCGCAUACCGCAUACAAAAGAUGUUCUAUACUGGUCUUCGUACCAACAAACAAGUCUUGCGACCCGAUCUAAACUCGAAUUUCAUCGUUUCCAUGGUGAACCACCGUCGAUUCUCUCCACAACAAAUCUGGAAAGCAAUGGGAGUGCCCUUUUACGAAAAGAUGCAACCAUCCAAAAGGUCGGCAUUUUCUACAAGGCGUCUGUCGCCAGCCAUGAUAGAACUCGUGAUGAAAGUGGCCAUUGCUUUCGCACAAACAGAUGCUCGAUGUCAGAGGGUAGCGUUUCGCAACGUAGUUCAAUGUCUCCACCAUCUUCGGCGACACAACGCGCCCUUGACUCCAGAGUUAACUAGGGCUAUCUCCCACGCUGGCUUUACUCGGAAAAUUGUUGCUGGGGAGUGGAUUAGCAAAGAGCUGCUGGAUUGGGUACUUGGACUUAUCGAGGUGGCCGAGGGUACUGAUGUUGCAGUAAUCACAGAUAAAGCUGUAACUUAUUGGAAUGAGCAAUUGGCGGAAGAGCAGGAGGAGGAGGCACGACGAAAGGCACGAGAGAUGAAUGUGUUGCGUGUAGGACCCAUAGAUUAGUGAAUAUAUACGAGUGAGAGAGGCGUCGACUUUCGAGCUUUACUGGACGCAUAUCAUCGUUAGAAAUAGGAGCCAACAUGGCAAAGCUGCUUGCAUUAUUCUUCCCGCAUAUCUCCCUCCCUCUUUCGCAAAUUCUCAAGACUGUACAGUAGAUUGGUGAGUCGUCCUGA